GCCCAUCGCAGAAGCCAGAAGCGGAGAAGCCCAGCCCGCUGGAAUCAUCAGUUGAGACCACCUCCACUCCACUCGUUCCGCUUCUCCCCCGCGAGAGCCACCAGCUCCACCACCGCCGGCGGCCGCCACCGCCACCCACGCCCACGCAAUGCUGGCGGCGUCCCUCAAGCCCGCGCCCUUCCUCGCGGCCUUCUCCCCUUCCGCCCGGAGGAGCCCCGCGCCGUCAGUCGCCUUCCCCUUCCCUGCCCGCCUCAACCAGCGUCCGCUCCUCUCGGCCGCCGCAACCGCCGAGGGCACCGGCGCCUCCGCCAGGCAGGGAGAAGACUCCUCCUCCUCUUUCUCCGCCGCCGCCGCCGCCGCUCCCCCGAUUGAUGAGGCCCGCCUGGCCCAGUUUGCUGCGGACUGGGAAGCCGCGCGCGCGGACAAGGAGCAGGGGAAGAUCCUCACGCUACCUGUGCUCAGGGCGAACAGCGGCGGGCUCAUCGUCAAGUUCAACUCCCUGCAGGGGUUCGUGCCCAACCCUCUCCUCAGCCCCGUGCACUGGUGCAGAGACCCAAAAAGGCCCAUCCAAGAUGUUACCAAGGACCUAGUAGGAACGUCCAUUUCUGUCAAGGUGUCCGAAGUAAAUGAGGAGGAAAGGAAGCUUGUCUUCACCGAGAAAGAUGCUAGUUGGUCAAAAUACUCUUCCCAAAUCAAGAUUGGUGACAUCUAUGAUGGAAUCGUGGGCUCAGUGUUCCAUUAUGGUGCAUUUGUUCACCUGCGAUUUCCUGAUGGAUUAUACCAUCUUACUGGUCUUGUACAUAUCUCUGAGGUGUCUUGGGAUCUUGUUCAGGAUGUCCAGGAUUUUCUAAAUGAAGGGGAUGCUGUCAAGGUUAUAGUGGUCAAUAUUGAUACGGAGAAGUCAAGGAUAGCUUUAUCGAUCAGACAACUGGAGGAAGAUCCUUUAUUGGAGACAUUGGACAAAGUUAUUCCUUUGGAAGCUGAUCAAUCUCCUGACCGUAUCAUGUCUCCUUCAGAAGUUGAACUUCUGCCAGGACUUGAUGGUAUAUGUAAUGAACUAUUGCAAGAGGAUGGUAUAACUGAUGUACAGUUUGGGCGCCAAGUGUUGGAGAAACGUGUUGUUUCACAAGAUUUGGAGCUUUGGCUUUCCAAUGUGCCAGCUAAGGAUAACAAGUUCACGCUUCUUGCGCGAGCUGGGAGGCAGGUCCAGGAAGUGUAUUUGACAUCUUCCCUAGACCAAGAGGGUAUAAAGAAGGCUGUGCAAAGAGUGCUAGGGCGUGUUCCUUGAGUCUGACACACAGCAAGGAGAAACAAAGGUGUGCCUGUCCUCCCCAAUUUUCUAACUAUAUAUGAAGCAUUAUAGCAAAUCAACAGUACUAGCAAACAGCCUGAAAUAUCCGUCACUGUCACUACACUCUGCUAAACUUUUAUUAUCUCUGUUGGAUACUACACCAACCAAAAUCUGUAAAUAUUUGUAGCACAGCAAUGAGUAGUUUAGCCAUCCUUUGUGCAUCCUCUACACAAGCAUGUCGUUAAGCGGUGGUUCUAUGUAUUUGCUGGGUUUGCCUUUUGAUGUCACUGCUUGGACUUGUCUGACUCUGAACUCUUGAGGCGGUUUUAUGUAUAUGAUGAGUAUAGCAAAGUUUUAUGUCAGCACUAACUUGUUCA